UCGCAAUGUUACAGUAAGGACGCGACGAGACCAGCAGGAAGUGGGCCCCCUCUCCAUCGGACGGUCACGUGGGGGAAUCCCACUAAAUCUCUUCAAUUCUGCACAUCACCGCAAAGUCCAACGGAUUAGAGAGACCAUCGCACAAUGGACAUCAUGACGCGAUCGCGAACCAUCCAGUGCCCUCUACCGGGAGGCUUUGGCAAGCAGAGACCUUUUAAGAUCGAGCCAAACGAGAAUACCCGUCGGGUCCGCAGGGAGCUCGCGGAGCGGGAUGAGAAAUUGCAGAUCUCCAAUGACCUCUACCAGUUCGACCCAGAAGACGCCGGAGAUAUCAUCUAUUUAACCUCAUACCGCCACAUGCGGAGUGAGAUGUCGGUCAUCAACAUCAAUCCCCGUUACCAUCGAUAUGUGGGUCACUCCAUCUGCCAGACGGUCUACACGCCUCGGACGAAUCUCGGCUAUCUCGACAAGCUCCCGCUGGAGCUCCUCCACGACAUCUGCAUCAAUUACCUCGACCUGCGAUCGCUCUUCACAUUCCGCCACACCAACCGACGGGCGCAAAUCGUGGUCCACAACAUCCGCGGCUACCGCACCUUCACCACGCACGCCCUCGGGGCCCUCUGCGCCAUCUUCCGCUCGCAGAUCGCGCGAUGGUACACGCUGCGCGAUCUCCUCGGCCUGCUGUACCAGCGCGACUGCACCUUCUGCGGCCGCUUCGGCGGGUACGUCUCCCUCACCUCCUUUACGCGAUGCUGCUACCUGUGCCUGUCCCACCUGCCCCAGCUGGAAGUGGCCACCGUGGAUGAGAUCACCAUGUACUACUCCCUCGCUGAGGAGGACCUAGAAGACGUGCCGAAAAUGUGGAUGGUGGGAGGGCAGGUCUACUCAUGGCCGGGAUUUUGGUGUAAAUGGCCCAUUCACGUCGUAGCAGAAGGGCAUAUAUCCGGGCCCGACGGCUGCGGUUUCAUUGAUCAGAUUAGAUUUCUGCUGGAUCCUGCCUUCCCUAAGAACCCGCAUCCACUGCGGCUUAUGACCGCUACGCACCUCCCGUAUGUAGACCGGGCUAGCGGUCAUGUCGAGUAUGGGGUAGCUUGCAUAGGUUGCGCGGUGGGGUUCGAAGGAAUUAUCCGGGCGGACGAGGUGUCGGAAUUGGGAGACAAGUAUUACCACUUAGAGGACAUCGUAUAUUCGGAGGAGGGCUUCAUCAAACAUUUUCGGCAAUGUCCAAUCUCGCAGGUGAUCUGGGAAGAGUGCUGUCGGGCCUGCGACCUCGGACAGACUGUAGAUUUGGAGGAACUCUCCAUCCGAAAAGGAUGGUACAAGAUCGGCAAGGGGCCUGGGGAGAAAUGAUACCUUUUUCUUUGUUCUAUCUAAUGUAUUGGAAUUCGGGCGGUAUACAUUCCAUUCUUCUUUGUGCAUGCAAUUUACGUCACUCCUGUAUCUAGUGGUGGCCGACCUGUCAGGACGAGACCAUAUCAAGGCUAUCCGGAUCCACACUAUCAUGUUUGGUGGGGCCGACAUGCCCAAAUGGUGGGGUGACGCUAGUGUAUUAGUUGGUGAUCAGGAAGGAUCUGAGAUUAAGUUUGGAC